AUGGCCGCAACCCUAAAAUUUCGCAGCUUGGUGAUGCUGCCCUUCGUGGGCGCGGACCCGGGCACCAGCACGCUGCCGCAGCUCCGGCCCCGGGCGCUGGAGUUCGAAGACACCAACCCGCUGGCCGCCAAGGUCUAUGGCACCCUCACCAUCACCUCCGCAGCCUCGGAAGUGAACUUCACUCACUACCACGUCUACUACGGAUACUUCAGCCGUAUUUGGCCCGAUGGCAGCGAACCCUUCGCCAUUGUUCCAGCCACUUCGGACGCAGAUGUGAACACCUUCCUGGUCUUCUGCAAGAACAGCCAUGGCCAGGCGGAAAUCUCCAGGCGACUCGGCAUCCUGGACUCGUCGAUGAUCCUCCUGCAGGAUCCAGUGGUGGCACCCAGCUACAUUGAUGGCCAGCUGCAUUUGGAGGUGACGACCGAGAUGAGCGGCCCUGGAGCGCGGGUCGAUGUGGCUGUGGUACCCAAGGGUGCAGAGAGCAAGGCGCAGAGCAGUGGCAACUUCCGGCAGUUGGACUUCGGACCCAUCACUGCCAGUACUGUGUGCCUCGAGGCUAACAUCCAGUACGACGUGACCUCGGGUUCGAAGGUGAUUGGCCCCUGCUUCUUCGAGCCCUCGCAGGAGACUAUACCAUCAUCGUCUACGCGGCCAUUCGCUAUGAGUGCCCUUGCGCGGAUCCAUGCUACUGCACUGGCCAGAUGCGUUUGGCUUCACAGGCGGCGCCGGGCGGCGGCCUGA